AUGGACAGCAAAGCCAGGAGCGCCCUGUACCACCCCUCCCUGCUGGAGGGCCCGUCGGAGGGCCUGCAGCCCAUGCGGGAGGAGCUGGAGGCCAAGAGGAGGAGCCUGCUGGUGCAGGAGGCCCAGCAGCUCUCCAAGGAGAAGGAGGCCUGGGGCAAGUCGGAACGGAACCGGCUGCUACGGGUCAGGCGGUCCACGCACCUGCAGAAGGAGCACGGGCUGCGGCACCAGAAGCUGGUGGAGGACGCCCGGAAGAACCACCGGGUGGCGGUCAUGUUCCUGAAGGCAUCGCUGGGCAGGGUGCAGGAGCAGGAGCGGCAGCGGGAGCGGGCGGCCAUGGAGCACGUGCAGAGGCGCAUGGACGCCGUGCUGGCCCUGAAGCACAGCAUCACCGCCAACCGGGAGACGCUGCGGAAGUUCCAGGCGUGGGGCCAGGCCAAGGCCAGGCAGGCUGCGCAGAGGGCCCAGGCGGAGAAGCAGGUGAUCCAGGCCCGCGGCGGCGAUGCCUUCAAGCAGCUGUACCACCAUCGCCGGCGCCAGGAGCUGGAGGCCCAGAAACGCGCCUUCGAAGAGAAGCAGAGGCUCCGGAAGCACGAGAUCGUGAGCCGGCUCCUGAAGGAGGAGGCCGAGGAGAGCAGGAGGCGGCCGCCAUCCCCGCCCGCCGAGGCCCCCGCCCCGCCCUCCCUGCGGGCUAAGACCUGGGAGUACCUGGCCGACCUCAGCGAGGGGCGGACGCCCCAAGCCGUGGGCCCGGAGGAGGACGACAGCUCCCCCCUCGAGCACACCCGACUGAUAACGUCCACCUCCAGCGAGUCCAUGCAGGGCGACCCCCGGACGCUGCGGAGCCCCAGCUGGGAUCACCAGACGCUGGCGGAACCCGAGAUCGCCGGGCUCUGGAACAAGGGCUACAAGUCCCAGCAGGGGCCCAAGGAGGACGUGGACUGGAAGCCGGUGCGGGGGACCAAGAUGGAGAAGGACAUCCUGGCCCGCACCAUGGAGCAGCUGCGGGAAGGCAUCAUUCACAAGCAGGUGGUCUCCGGCCGCGAGUUCAAGGGCUGCCCCUUCAACAGCAAGCCCAAGCUCAUCCACUUCAAGGACUUCGACAUUGGCAAAGUGUACAAGAAGAAGAUGACACUCAUCAACGCCACCUACACCAUCAACUACUGCAAGCUGGAGGGCGUGGACGAGCACCUGCGGGACUUCGUCAGCAUCCUCUUCGACCCCCCCGGCCCCAUGUCGGCCGGCAUGUCCUGUGAAGUGCUGGUCACCUUCAAGCCCAUGGUGGAGAAGGACCUGGAGGGACACAUCUGGUUUCUGGCGCAGACAGGCCGGUUCUCUGUCCCGCUGAAGUGCUCCAUCAAGAAGUGCUCGCUGUCCCUGGACAAGGAGCUCAUCAACUUCGGCAGCUACGUGGUGGGCGAGACAGCGUCCCGGGUGAUCACGCUGUCCAAUGUCGGGGCCCUGGGCACCGGGUUCCGGGUGCAGCUGGCGUCCGAGCCCUGCGAGCUGGAGAUGGGCCCAUCGGUUUUGCAAGUGAGCAGCAUGUUCACCUACGAUGAGCGGAGCAUGUUGGAGAAGGUCUUCCCCGCCGACUCUGACCAGCGGGUGGUCGGCCCGGAGCCCUACCUGACGGAGCAGGACCAGAUGCGCAGCCCAGAGUCAGAGGAUGUGGUCACCAUCCUGCACAUGUUCUCCAACGAGGACCAGAUGGAAAUCAUGCUGGGGGAGGUCACAGAGGGCUACAUCGGCCCCUUCAGCUCCAUCAAAGUGCCCGUCAUCUUCUCCCCGGUCACACCCGGCACUGUGCAGAGCCACUUCCAGGUCACCUUCAAGAACCAGCAGUGCCCGACACUGCACUUCCACGUCACCGGGGUGGCGGUCGACGUGCCGGUCUGGGUGCCCGAGUCCAUCGUGGACCUGAAGAUCUGCAUGUUCGAUCGGCUGUACCAGGACACCAUCCAGGUCCACACGCGGUCAAAGGCAGCCCUGCGCCUGAAGUUCGAGGUGUGCAAGGAACUCCGGGGCCACAUGGAGCUCCUGCCCGAGACAGGCUACAUCCAGGCCCUGUCGUCCUACUCGGUGCAGCUCAAGUUCCUGCCCCGACACUCUCUCCCCGAGGACGCCGGCAAGUAUUUCGACAGGGAGAGCCGGAUCCUGGAGGCCCCGCUGACAAUCCGCGUGGCUGACCAGGUCAAGCCCGUGGAGUUCACUGUCCAUGCCACCGUCACCACCUCGGACCUGGAGCUAUGCCCCCUGGAGGUGGACUUUGGCUACUGCACCAUCUACGAGGCCAUCCGGACCCAGAUCAGCGUCUGCAACCUGUCCCUCCUACCCCAGGAGUUUGGGUUCGUCGGGGUCCCCAAGUUUGUGGACAUCCAGCCCAACGACGGCUUCGGGACGAUCCUGCCCCUGGAGACCUUGGAGCUCGACCUGAUCUUCCAGCCCACGAAGGCCAAGGAGUACAACUUCGAGCUCGUCUGCAAGUCGGAGAUCAACCGGUGCUUCAAGAUGACGUGCCGGGCCGUGGCCGUGCACCCGCCCCUGCAGCUGUCCCACUAUCAGGUGAAGUUCGCGGCCACGGCCCUGUACGACAUGUCGGUGGCCUCGCUGUACGUCAUCAACUCGCACCUGAGCAUGAACUCGCUGACGCACUCGGUGCCACGCAUCGGCUCGGAGGACACCUGCCCCGUGGGGCCCACGUCCUUCCAGUUCCUGCUGCCCCCCGACUCGCCCAUCACCAUCUCGCCCUCGGUGGGCACUGUGCUGCCGGGAAAGAGAUGCCUGGUACAGGUGGCCUUCCGGCCUGUGCUGUCCACCGAGGUGAUCCGCCAGCAAGCCUUCCAGACCCAGAGCAAAGACAGGGAUGUCAAAUUGCACAGGGAGACGACCAACCCCCGGAGGGACCGGCGGCAGCUGUCCAUGUCCCUGCUGCGCAUGCACAGCCGGGAGCACCUGAGCCAGGAGCAUCCGGCCCAGGACUCGGCCCACCCUGCCCACCCGCCGAAGCAGCAGGAGCUCAAGUUCAGCCCCGAGGAGUACCAGGCAGCCCGGGCCACGCUGGCCAGGACGUUCCAGGGCCGGUUUGACAGGAUCGUGGUCCCCUGCGUCGUGGCCAGUGGCGACAUCCAGGACCAGAAGGGCACGGAGCCCCUGAGCUUCAGCCCCCACAACACCCUGUUCCUGGAGCUGUGGUGCCCGGCGGUGGCUCCGUCCAUCAUCGUGGCAUCAGACAAAGGCAACACCAUCUCUAACUUCGGCGACGUGGCUGUAGGUCACCGGGUAUCCAAGAAGGUGUCCAUCCAGAACAUCUCCUCCGAGGACAUGUCCCUGGACUUCUCUGUUCUAAAUCCCAACGGCCCCUUCCACCUGCUGAACCCCAUGGACAUGCUACCUGCCGGGGAGACCCAGGACCUGGUGCUGUCCUUCGCUCCCCUCGAGAGCACCCUGGCCCAGGAGACGCUGGACAUCAUCACCAAGAGGGGCACCCUCACGCUGACCCUCGUGGGCACCGGCGUGGCCUCCAUGAUCACCUGCUCCAUCGCGGGGGACGUGCUGAAUAUGGGCUACGUAAUCGCCAGGGAGUCCGUCUCCUCCAUCUUCAAGCUGCAGAACAACUCCUCGCUGCCCAUCCAGUUCUCCGUGCGCCUGGCCAGCCUGUCCAGCUCCCGCCAGGAGGAGCUGCAGCGGCUGCCACGGUUCCUCACCUCCAGGGCCCAUAGGACCCAGAUCGUGGGCACGCAGAACCACAACGGGCAGAGCGUGUUCAGCGUGGUCCCGGUGGCGGGCAUCCUGGACCCGGGCGCCACGCAGGACUUCACCGUGACCUUCAGCCCCGACCAUGAGAGCCUGUACUUCUCGGACCGCCUGCAGGUCCUGCUCUUCGACAAGAAAGUGUCCCAGGACAUGCUGCUGCGGGGCGCAGCCCGCGAGCACAUGAUGUUCGUGGAGGGCGGGGACCCCCUGGACGUGCCCGUGGAGUCGCUGACGACCAUCCCCUCCUCCAGUCCAGAGCGCAGGGAGGAACCCGAGGAGCUGAAGCCCAUCCUGGUGACCCUGGAUUACCUUCAGCUGGACACGGACACGCCGCCGCCCCCUGCCACACGCGAGCUGCAAGUGGGCUGCAUCAGGACCACUCAGCUGUCCGCCAAGAAGACAGUGGAGUUCAGCCUGGACAGCCUGGCCGCCCUGCAGCACAAGGGCUUCACCAUCGAGCCCUCCAAGGGCUCGGUGGAGCGCGGCCAGACCCGGACCCUCAACAUCUCCUGGGUGCCGCCCGCCGACUUCGAUCCGGACCACCCGCUCAUGACGUCCGCCCUGCUGCAGCUCCGGGGGGACGUGAAGGAGACCUACAAGGUCUUCUUCUUGGCCCAGGUGCUGGCCGGGCCCUGAGGCCGCAGGGCCUCUGCAGGGCCCUGGACCCUCCUGCCCACCCUCGCAGCCCCCAUCUGUGGUCCAGACCAGACCUCUCAUGGGCCUGGGACUGGCAUUUCUGCUGGGCAGCCCUGUGUGACCCCAUGUCCGGGGCCCCAGCCCCACA